UGCAGAGGUCAGGUACGGAUGCCCUUCCCAUAGGUGGAUCUCGAACACAAGAUGAUGAAAGAGAACUGUUGCAUCACACAGAGCUGUAUCUAACUGUUGGUUGCCUUCCAUAGAUGUUUGUAGACAACUUCCAGACAGCUAAAGAGGCUCUGACUGCCGCCACAGCUCAGGCCGCUGAGAAAGCAGCUUCCAGUGUGAGAGAUUUUGCUCAGAAGAGUUUCAGACUCGCCAUGGACAUCAAACUGAAGGCCCCCCUUAUCAUCAUCCCCCAGUCUUCAACAUCCCGUAAUGCAUUUGUGGUUGACUUGGGUCUCAUCACUGUGGGAAACAGAUUCUCGCUACUGGCAGCUGAGGGCUUCCCAUUGCCUGCUGUUCUGGAGACCAUGAAUGUAAAACUCACACAACUCAAACUAUCUAGGACCAUUCUAAAGCAUGAUGAUGCUUUUCCAGAUGUUGAGAUUCUGGAGCCUAUAAAUCUAGAGCUGCUUGUCAAGCGUAAUUUGGCUGCCACAUGGUUCAACAAGAUUCCAGGAAUGGAGGUCAAAGGAGUACUUAAGUCAAUGAAUAUGGCUCUUGGUCAGGAGGAUUUUGGCGUUCUCACGAGAAUCCUAGCAGAGAACAUUGGUGAAGGAAGCAAAGCUGCUGCAGUGGAGGGAACCAAAGCUUCUAUUAAAGAUGAAGCUGUUACAGAUGAAGGACUGACAGAUGCACUUUCUGUGGGGAUGGGAAGUCAAACGGCUAUCACUAAUGGCACCUUCAGUGAGAAUGUUGUCAAUGUGCUGCUCCAUUUUGAAAUCAAGGAGGUUAUGCUGAAAUUAAAGAAGUCCACAAAUAAGAAGGAGUGUCCCUUUUUGAUCCUGCAUGUAGCUCAGCUUGGAAUCGACACCAAAGUUAGAAAAUAUGACAUGGAGGCCACAACAUACAUUAAGACCAUCUCCAUGAAGUGCCUGGAGUUCUCUGAUUCAAAUGGGGAACCACUCUGUAUAAUCAAUUCCUCAGCAGAAUCAGGAACAGAUCUUCUCGAAGUCAAGUAUUUUAAGGCUGAUCGAAGUGGGCCCAACUUUGCUAGCAUCUACAAUAAUACUGAACAGAUGUUCAAUGUAAUGUUCUCCUCGCUAGACUUGAUGUUGCACACUGAGGCUCUUCUCUCUACUAUGGACUUCCUGUCUGCUGCCUUGUCCAGCAGCAGUCUCCCCUCACCAGAGAGAGAGAACAAAAAGACUGAAGAUAUCAGAACAACCUCAGCCAAAUCCAGCUCAGCUGCACUGAGCUCUCCCUCAGAUGGUGACGUCAUUGACCUGAAGGUGAACAUGCAGCUGGGUGCAUUUAAUGUGUUGGUGUGUGACCAGAAGAGCAACAUGGCAGACAUCAAGAUUCAGGGUUUGGACGGUUCGCUCCAAAUGCAGGGAACUCAGACACACAUGUCUACUCGUCUGCGGGACUUCAUCGUCAUCAAUGUGGAUUCUAAAACAAUUCACAAGAAG